GCGGCUGCGUCACGGCCCAGGCGCUGCGGCCGCCCAGAGUCACCCCGCGGAGGGAGAGCCGCCGCCUCGUCCCCCGCUCCGCCAUUGCUGCGCGGGCCGCGGCGGAACGACGCCUCGCCGUCCCCCGAGGAAGGGCCGGGAGCCGCGGCGAUAAUCCCUCUAUCCUGGAAGAAUGGUGAAACUGGGGAAUAAUUUCAGCGAGAAGAGCACAAAGCAGCCCCUUUUGGAGGAUGGAUUUGACACCAUCCCCCUGAUCACACCCCUGGAUGUCAAUCAGCUCCAGUUCCCACCUCCUGAUAAGGUCGUGGUCAAAACGAAAACAGAAUAUGAACCUGAUCGAAAGAAGGCAAAGUUCCGUACUCCUAAAAUAGCUGAAUUCACAAUCAGCAUCACCGAAGGAGUUUCAGAAAGAUUUAAGGUAACUGUGCUGGUCCUUUUUGCCCUUGCAUUCUUAACGUGUGUUGUAUUUCUGGUAGUCUACAAGGUUUACAAGUAUGAUCACACCUGUCCAGAAGGAUUUGUUUUCAAGAAUAACCAGUGUAUUCCAGCUGGGUUGGAAAACUACUACUCUGAACAAGACUCCAGCACCCGAGGGAAAUUUUACACGGUCAUAAACCACUACAACCUGGCCAAGCAAACCAUCACGCGCUCAGUGUCCCCCUGGAUGACGGUACUGUCAGAAGAGAAACUGUCUGAGCAGGAGACUGAAGCUGCUGAGAAAUCAGCUUAGUAUGAUAAGCUAAUUAGUAACACUAUGUCAUUUGAAGGUAACUAAGGGACUUUAAGGAACUUUUCAUUAAAUAUAAUUAUGGAUAAUUUAGAGGUUACUCAUGUUUAUGGUGCAAUUGCUUCUGUUUGCUGAUACUGCUUUGCAAAACCAAACCAAACCAAAACCGUGCUGCAGAACAAACAUUCAUGGGCGUAAACCGAGGUGCAUAUCAGCAUUGCUGUAGAGCUUGGACACCAUUUUCAAUGUUAAAAUCCAAUGUUAGAUAUGUUCUUGCAGUUCAUUGGAUACUGACAGAUUUCUUCACUGGAUUUUCAGGACCUUAGAGAAAUCAUGUGGUUUGUUGUCCGAACUGAUGACUUUAUUUAUUGACUUUUUAAAGUUCUUUGUCAUUUCGCAAACUGAAACACCCCAGCCAUAACCAGAGUGAUCUCUUCCUUAGCUGAAAGCUGUAUUUAAUGUUUCAUUUUGGCUCAAGCAAGAAUGGUAGUCAGCAUGGAUGUCAAGGGCAUAAUGUAAUGACUUGUAUGGAGAAAGAAGCUGUCAGGUAGCAUUUUUCUUACAUUUUCUUUACUGCUGUUUAUUUGUAAGUGAUAAUGAAGUUCUCUGCAACAAGGCAUGCUCAAUGUUUUAUUAUUGCUGUCAACAGAAUUUAACUGCAUUUCCACUGUGGCUUUAGCAUCUUGGUAAGGGUGUGCACUGAAACACAAGCUAGAUAGGCAUUAUGGAAAACACAGGCAGUUGUAGUGGUGGGUGUUGAUGGUAGUGUAAAAAUAAUAGACAGUUAGGGAUGUUCUAACGAGCGCUGACAUCUUCCGACCAUACUUAGGAGGCAGAAAGCCGAUUCACAGUAGCUGUAGUCCACUAUGUCAUAUGUUGGAUACAACUGAGGGAGCAGUGUGUCAAGAAUCUCUCUUGCUUUGUUAAUAUUUUGCCUUUUUUCUUAAUUAGAUCUUCCACUUUAUGUAUGCUUUGCAGUUUGAUACUUUUUAAACCACAGAGCAUCGUUAAGUGAACCACUGGUGUAACACAACUGGCUGUUUCCAGCUCCAUGUGAAACAGAGGGGAGAGUAGAAGUGUUUGUGUGUGGCCUGGGCGGGGGAGAAGCUGUAGAAGAAAGGUAGUGUUGUGGAUGCACGUCAAAGUUCCAUUGUAAUUACAAACUUGCCUAUUCUUUGUGUGAAACCAUGUUUUCAUUUUUAUUAUAAAUCUUAAAUAUAUAUUACAAAAAUGACAUCUUUUUAAUUGAACAGACAACAGGGUGUGAAGCAGCUGGGCAAGCAAGUCACCUUUUUGGUCAUGUAACUUGAAAUGUGACAAGGAGGGGAGUGGACAUGUCAAAAGUUCUUUUAUUUGGUAGAGGCUACAAAACUGAAGGGGAAAUACCAGUUUGGGCUGUUCCUCAAGAACAAACAUGGUCAGCUCUACUUUUAUUUUUCUCCAGUAGAACUGCUCUAUCACCAAGCUUCCUUCCCCCUCCAGCAAAAAUAAUCCUUAGCACUUAAUUCUCUGGGUUUGGCAUGAAGUGUGUGUUACACAGCAGAGCUGGGAAAAGCUUUUAUUAAGUCACGGUUUGUGGAAUGCAUAAAAAGCAAUAAAUUACGUGCCAAAUUUUUCUUUGCCCUUACACUUUUCAAGCUUAUGUUAAGAUGGUCAAACCCUACACCAUGUUUGUAGCCUCCAACAGACAGAGACUUUGAAUCCCAUGUAACUUUUGACACUUUCACUCAGGCAGGGUAAAGAAUAAGGCUGUGGCUGCUGGUUGCAGGUAAGGUAUAGAAAUGUACAUUGCAGAAGAGAGAUAGCAAAAGACGUUUUGUAUCGACAUAUUUACAGAGGACAUUCAGAUUCUACAAGAUGGAAAGAUCUGUUUGCCCCAAGGCUGUCCUACGCAGAAAUGAUUCAUGAUACAUCUCUUCCCCUUAAAUUUAGGACAAUAAAAACUUUAAUGCACAAGUAAA